GAGCCGCGCGAGGAGACGACAGCGCACACACCUCGCGUUCAGACACACGCACACGCGACCCGAUCUCAAGUGUAAACGUCCGUAGCCACCGAGUUCCGCUCGUUUGACAGGCUUCCGCCCCUGACGUCAUUGCUGGAGUAAAGAUUCUUUGGGACACCGCGUGAUUUAUUUUGCUCUCUCUCUCGUCUUCUGGAGUGGGGUUGUGAGAGAGCGAGAGGGAAAAGGAAAACAGGUCACGGAGGAAGAUCUCGACUGACGUCCAAGGCAAAAAUGGGUUUUAGCGUCGCGCAAGCCGCCCUGGUCCUGUGCCUGGCAGGAACUUCUCUGGCUGCAGUAGCCAUCGGCCCUGCGGUCGUGCACCCAGACCACCCCGGGAAGUGCUGGCUGCCCAAACAGAGCCGGUCCUACGCCGACGGCGCCCAGUGGCAGGAGCCCAACUGCAUGAGGGCCACGUGUCUCUCGUACAAGUCCCAGCUCUACGUCGAGUAUGCCACAUGCGGCCCGGUUGCAGCAGGACCCGGAUGCAAGCCCGUGCAGGACCUGAGCCUCCCUUACCCGAGCUGCUGCCCCAUCAUCUCGUGCCCGAACGCCGACCCCGAUGCCCUGAAGGGAGAGGAGUACGACGAAUUCACGAAUUGGAUCAGCGAGUAUUACGACAACCCGACUCCAACGGCCUAAGGAGCGACUCGGCUGGUCUCGCGCCCUUGUUUUCGCGUCCGCGCCUGUGAGCCCGCACUUGACCAAAGCUUUUAUUUUAUCUUUUUUUUUAUGACUUUUGUGUGUUCUUAAGGCAUUUUUAUUUCCCCAAGAGAGUUCGCUUGUGUUCUGGCCUCGCUUUGUUAACUGGACUCUUGAGGUAAGAUGUCGUUGUGAAGAUCAGUUGAAAAUUAGAAAUUAUGAUGGAGAAUCUUCAAGCGACGAGAGAAUCCAAAGCUCGAAUGCCCUGGCAAAAGGUGCCAGUGAUAAGUUAUAUCUAUUAGGAUGUUUCUCUCCAAAUGUAUUUAUUAUUGUUGAAAUUUGAAAACAAAACGAGAAAAAAAAAUAUAGUUAAAUAAAUAAAUAAAUAAAUAAAUAAAUAUAUAUAUAUAUAUAUAUAUAUAUAUAUAUAUAUAUAUAUAUAUAUAUAUAUAUGACACUACCAAGACCUUCACUUCGUAGGUGAUGCCAAAAGUAAGAUGACUUGCCACUGCCCUCGUGUGUCGCAAGUCGAAGAAGCAUCUCGAAGCAAACCAAAACAAAUCAAUUUAACUUAUUUGGCAGUAACUUAUCACAAAUUACGUUGCAAACCAAAUGCAGGACGACGUACGUGGCGACGAACGUGCCCGGAAUCACACGCUUGCCGCGUCGUUCUCACUGAGAGCCGUCAUGAUCAUGCGGACGACCUCCAAAAGGUACCAAGUAGUGCUGAUUUUUGCAUGGUGUUCGUGUACUACUUUUUUUCUUCUUCCAAAAUUGCCUUUUAAGGCUACUCCGAAGGUCGUAAUUUUUCUUUAGGUCUAAUACUUGUAAGAUAAGAUUACGAACCAAAAAUUCGGAUGGUCUUCUGUUGUGGGACGAGGAAUGAAAGUCGUUCUUUCACUCCAUGACAAAGAUAAAUAAAAAGGAAAGUCGACAUCCAGAUAGAAAAAAAAAGCGAUGGAGUCCGCAGGUCAAUGAGGCGAACGAAGUGUUUUUGUAUAUAGGAUAAUCACCUUCACCUUCAUCCCUUCACCAAUCACGUAGUUGGAACACGUGCUCGUCACGUGAUCUCACAGCUGACGCAUGACGUCACACUUUGAGCUGUGACGUCACAUACCUGUCUUCCGGGUCGAUGCAAGUGUUCUUUCAAUCUUUCAUGCUAGAUUUAUAUAAAAGAAAAUGCAUAAGUGGUUUUCUCUCAUUAUAAAUUGUUAUUAUUCUAUUUUCACACUGAAUUAUAUCAAGUGUAUACAAUAAAGUGCAUAAUAUAUUUCAGAGAGCGUGGGAACGAAUGCUGAAUCUGUGAUUCUGCACCUCUGCCACCACUCUAGAUUUUAAAGUAUUAGUACAAAUUCAUUGUGUUGAUACAUAGAUACUACACUUUCACUUACCAUUUCUUUGUUAUUUAGGUUUACAGAGCAUUUUAAUUUAGGUUAUAUUAUCAUCAUUUUAAUUAUUGAUUUUUUUCAUGUUAGUUCCUACGAAUAGUGGCCCUAAAGUGUACGAAAAUAAAAGAAAAACUCAAUUAUUUUAAAAAGAAAGGAUUUAAUCUUUGUGGAACUAUUAUGCAGGAUCAGUAAAUUGUAUUCAUAGAGCUACAAGUAUAUAGCUGAUAUUUUAUUUAAACUUUUAUGAGGUUGUAUUAUAUUUCUCGCACAGACAGACGGAACAGAGAAGACAGACAGACACACAAAUCAAAUGCAGCUGCUAAUUAAAUCUAAUUAAAGGAAAUCAAGAAUAGGCAUUUGUCGAUGUCGUUGAUAUUCUGAUAAUCAUAGAAACUUUUUAACUUGAAAUCUGAUAGUCUGGAAGCUAUUCAGAU